AUGGCUGCUGUUACAAGAAAGCGUAGACUUGUUACACUUCCAUCUGAAGAUGGUUCAUUUAAAAAUGUUGAAGAGACUGAAAAAGAAAUAAAAAAAAGAAUUACUUUGGAUUCAUUUAAACAAUUUUAUUAUUGUCAAAAAUUAUACACCAAGAAAAGUUAUACAUAUUUAAAAAAAUAUUUUCAUGAAAUGUUUAAAAAUUCAGAUAAUUAUACCAAUAAAUGUGAUUUAAAUAUUUUGCAUAAAAUUUACAUGGCAAAAGCAGCAAAUGCAUUGUUAUUUAAUUCAGAUCCUGAUGAUAAAAAUAAACUUGUAUGUUAUAUUCCUCCUUUAGAUGUUAUUCAUAGUUAUCAUUUACCUUCACAUAGUUAUCUUUUUUGUUUAAAUACUUUUUUAAUGGGUUAUAAACCACAUUGUCUUACUGAAAGAUUUACAUAUGCGUCUUUAAAAUAUAGAAAAUUUUAUAAAUUUCCUAUUGAAAUAAACAAAAAUUAUUUUAAGAACACAAAAUAUAUAUGGAUAAGGGAUAAAUUCGGUGGAAAUUUUUUAUCAGAUACUAUGUGUGAUAAAAAUAAAAAAUUACGUCAUACACCACUAACUAUUCAAUUAAAUUAUCAUACUUGUUUUGUUUUUUCAAUGAAAAAUAUGUAUGAAGAUGCGAUCAUGUGCUUUCUUGGAUAUCCAAUAAAUAAGCCAGAAUUUUUACCACCAAAUACAGUUGAUACUGCAUUUCGUUCUUGUUUAAGCAACUUUUUAGUUUUACAUUCUAAGAUAAUACCUGAUAUUCUUAAUGCCAUCGUAAUUUGUGCAAUGAAAAAUUAUUUUUCUGAGGCAAAAAGAAACAUAUUUUUUACUAAAUUAUUAGAUUUUUGUAAACAAAUUUUUCAUUAUGGAACAAUGGAAAUAAAUGUUCCCCUAUCAUGUAUUUUUAGUAUUCUAACAUAUGAUCUACAUUUUAGACCUGAAAUUGUAAAUGAAAGCUAUAGGGGAAUAGAAAUCAAAGAUAUUUAUAGAAUACGCUCAUCUAUGAACAAGUACAAUGCUUUUCUUAUAAUGUCAUCAUUUAUAGCAUGGAAAAAUGGCGAAAUAGAUUAUGAUAAAUUACCAGUUAAUUUAUUUGAACAAUUGAAAUCUAUUCUUGAAGAAAACGUAAUUGACUAUGUACCAGUAUUAGAUGCAUUUAUAUGCAUUAUUUGUCGAUUUGAUUUAAUAACGGACAAUUUUUAUAUAGUAUCAAAUGCUGCAAAAAAUUAUCCAAUUUUAGUUCCAAGGAUUUCAACACGUUUAUACCAGGAGAAUCAACCACUUUUUGCAAAAAUUAUUGAACGUUCUAUAGAACCACUUGUUGAUUUACAUCCUAGUCAUGAGGCUUGGCUUAUAUAUCUUAGGGAAAAAUCUGAUAAAAUAGGAAGAAAAACAGCUCCAAAAGAAUUAUUAGAAGAUAUUAAAAUAAUUGUACAGUUACUUGAUUAUGGAGAAUGGAGAAAAAAUGAAGAAUUGUGGUUGUUAUUUAAUGAUUAUUUAUUUGUUAAAACUAAAAGGAAAAGGAUAAAAGUUUUGAAAGAAGAUUUUAAAAUUUUAUUUGAGGAACGUCGAAGUUGGUGGUCUAAAUUUCAUUCAGUUAGAUUGUCAGAGGAUACUGAGACUAUCAGAACAAAGAUUCUAACUUAUAUAAAUGAUCUUUUUGUUGAUUAA